AGCGUAUAGUCCCAGCUGAGAUGAACACACAGGAGUGGCUCCUGCCUGAAACCACAGCCAGCUUUGAUGAGCUGCCGCUGCAGUAUAACGGAGUCUGUGGCUACUCACUAGUGACCAGAGACGGGCUGCUACUCCCAGGCUACCCACACAUCGGAGUCUUUCAUCACGAGGAGAAGCUCUAUGUGUUCAGCUCAAAAGAAGCAGCAUUAACAUUUGCCUCCAGUCCGGGGGACUUCAUUGCAGAGGUAGCAGAGAAAGCCAAGCUCUCCCCUGAACUCAUCCAGCUCCUCCAACUCCACCGACAGUUCUCCUGCGUCAGUCCUUACUCAGAGGUCAGCAGCCUUCAAGCACUCUCAAUGCACACAUUCAUUUAUUCUUUUUAUGUAAAAAUGUGACAUAUUGCCAAGUAUAUUUGUCUCAUUUCUUGUCAGAAUAUGUCUGCACCUGAUAUCAGACAUAAUAAUGUAAGACGUAACAUUGCAGUGAGAUAUAGGGUCUUGUUUUAGAUGUCAAAAGGUUUUUAAGCUGCUGUGAUAUUUGUAAAAGAUGGAUCAUCUUGUUUCAAAAAUAAUCUUACUUGAUUUAAAAAAACACAUUUUUAUUGGAAAUCCACCAACUAAGAUCAUAUGACAGAACACUUUUGAGCAUUUCUGGCUCAGAAUAAAUCUGAUUUAUAUAAAUAUUAGGGCUGUCAAGUUAACGCAUUAAUGCCAUUUUUUGUAACGCCACUGAU